UGUGACUCUUUGCACGAGUUCUGACAAAAGUCGAAUAAAAUGUCGAUACAAAUUUCAAUCACCCAUAAAAAAUCUACAAACCGUUCCACGAAAGCCACAGCAGACAGUUUAGCUUUCUUCCCAAAUGCCAAUACUAUCUUCAAAAACACCGAGCUGGAAGACUUCUGUCCCAGGAAACUCUUCGAGGUAGUUUUCGCAAACGAACUGACCCUCAAAUGUUAUGACCUUCUCGAAGGAAUCAUCAAGAUCCACGAAGAAUUGCGAGCAGAAUCGAACAUCGUGUUCAUCUCGCGAAGAAGCGUCAUCAACUUCAUCAAGGAAGUCGUGGAAGAUUCCGAAGACAACAGCUUCGAACACCCACCUUCUCUGAAGGACCAUCUCCACAGAAUAUGCCACGAUCUGGAUCGAAAUUUGAGAUUUGGAGGCGAUAUAUCACGAAAGCACCUGGCUCUUAUAAUGAAGCAUAAACUCAUCAACGAAAUGUACACCCAGUACGCCAAAGAUGCUCGUCUGGAUCACGAGAUUUGUCAGAAGGAAGAACUGCUGAGGAAACUGCAAAGGAGCGAUGUUCAAAAGCAGAUAAGAUUCUCGGAAAUGCAAGCUUUCACCCCUGAAACAAAACGUAGAGCCCCCAAAAAAACUGAGCAUGUUACUAAGCUGGAGAUGAGCGAUUACACCUCGUAUGUCCUGCCUGACAAUCUACACGGCUCAGAGGAUCUGAAGGAUCAUAUCUAUUUCUACGUAUUUGUUGGAUUUCAAGAUCCUUGUUUGCUCAAACUCCUCAUGCGUUACAAGGUUCCAGUGAACUGUAUCCUGCAAAUUUCCAGGAGGAAAGAUGCAGAUCCCUGUGAAUACACCUACUUCUGGCGGAAAAUGAGAGAAAUAUCGCGAAACGGAGAAAAAUUCAAAGCGUUGGAGGAUGCAGCACAACUGAAAUACAUCAACGGAUCUGUAAUUCCAGAUGACAAACAGAAUAAACGGAAUUUCUUCAAGGAGCGACACGAGGAAUUGGAAGAAUUGCUUAUGAGCAUUCUUGAUUUAAAGAGGAAACAUCUGUUCUACAUCAAACACCUGUAUCCUUCCAAGUUCAGAGAUUUGGAUAUCAAAUACGGUCCAUUCCCUACGUACGAAGAAAAUCUGAGAGAUAUCCCUGUGGAAUACGUUACAAUUCCAUUUAUUGUACAGAGUAUGCUGUUGGAAGUCGAAAAAAACUUCGUGGCUAAAAAGCAGAAUGCAAACUUUUGUCGAGAUGAUCCAGCCAAGAACGUUUACCUUGUUCACCAAGGAAGUACACAACCUGCUCACAUUUUAUACGAUUUAGAGGACGAAAAGGUGACCAAGAGCCCCUGUCCAUUUUCCAUCAAUUAUUUCAAACCUGUGAAGAAGAAAGAGAAAUUGUCGAGGCAGAGAGUGUUCAGGAAAUUCUACGAAGGAGACCAUUUGAACAUGAAUCUUUCAGCAGAUAGAAGAGCCAAAGCUGUGGCUAUAUCAGAUAUGAAAAUCUUGAUGAAUCAAAGAUUUUUUCACUGUAUUAAAAACUUGGAGAAGUGUAAAGAUGUGAACUUCAAGCUGCCCCAUGUUCACCAUCAAGGUACCCCAAGUAGGGCCAGACCAGCACUCUCCCUAGAGCAAACAGAUCACUUCCUGAACCUCUUCUUCUUGAGCAGCAUGGCGGCCGCUGAGGAUUCAUCGAAAAAUCAGGAAAAUCCCGCCAAGAGUUUCAUUUGCUCUCCCUACGAUUUUUACGAUAACAGAAAUUUCCUGCCUAGAUCCAUCAGUAUGUUGGGUGAAAUUCCAAACUUGUACCGCAAGUUCAACAGUAUGCUAUUGAGGUGGAGGGAGCCUCUUUCAAUUUCAACGCUGGCCCAAUGGUUGUUCGAGGCUCAACAGGAAUAUGCGGAAAUUAAUUUUAGGUACUGCGAGGCAACUGACUCGCUGGUGGUUCAUUUCCAUCAGGACCUGGAAGUCACCGGAACAAGGACCAGGAUUUGGAAAGAAUCGCUGAGAACCCUCACCUGUUUCAGGGAUUUUUGCAGCCACUACUACCUGGAAGAGGCAGAUUGGUUCACCAAGUUCAAACCGAUACCGUAUGUGGAUUCCAAAACGUACGCCAAAAACGAAGAGAAAUACGUGUUCGAGAGAAUCAUUGAAUCGAACGGACUGUAUAAAAACUACGAGAAAUAUCUCAUCCCUUACUAUUACUGCGACAAUUUUGAUACCGAAAGGUUGUCUUGCACGCCAAACUCGGAUACCUUCAAGAAAUUCACUCAUAUCGAACCGAUGAUCAAACCAAAUUUCGAAGAAAUCAUAGCUGAAAUCAAGAGUCACCCUUCGAGCAAAGAACUGACACAAUUCUGUUCCAAAUCCUUUCCCGAAAGUUCGUUAACCGCGUACGACGAUAGUCCUCCAAGAUUCGGUCUCACAGGAACAACCAACGAUUUUUUCAGCCACGAUGGUGUUCGGGUAACCGUAGACACCUGUAGGUUCCACUUCGAAAACUUCAAACUGAGCCUAUCGGUCAAAUUUGACGGUCACACGUUAAUGGGUCACUAUAGAAACGGACACGUUGAUCCCCAUCUACUCCUACAAGACGGCACUGUCAUCAAACUGAUCCUACCGUCCCCAAAACAGAUCCAAGAAUCCGAUUCUUGCACUCUGAGCGAAGAUCUGGAUGGAGUGAAAUCCAUCUUGGGUUUCAACCUGGCGAGGUUCAAAGACGAUCCGGAUUUCUCAACGGAUUUCGACGAAAACGUUAACAGGAUGCCCACGUGGACUCCGGAAGUCAAACGCGUCAUCCCCGUGUACAGUGAGGACCUCGAAAGCAUAAAUAUAGACCUUGCUUUGGUUUGGAACAAGAUCAAACAAAUCCGACACGAGAAAAACGUGAAUCGCGAUAUGAAAAUUUUAAAUCGCAUGCUGCGCGAAGAUUUUGUCCAUAAAUAUGUGGAUUCUCCCAAGUUGAGGUUCGUGAAAAGAAAGUAUAAAUUCCUGGAGAUCCCUCUCAAUUUCUACAUACGAAGGAUAUUGAAGGAAUCGAUGAAGAAGAAAUGUAGGCCGAUGAACCGAAGAAAAAAAAUCUCCAUCAAGAAUCAAGAUAAACUGCCGCCUACUUACCAAAAAACAAUACCGCAUAUCAAGCUGAGCAUGCCUAACGGUUUGAUUUUAGAAACUUUAACUCUGGAUGCAAAAGAAGAAAUAAUUGUGAAACAAACGCAUCUUCAUAGGGAAAAAUACAAAAAUAUCAGUGGGGAAGAUUAUAGACUCUUCCUUGAUCAUGGCACAGUUUUGAUCCGUUUUUGUAACGGAAAUAUGAGAAUCUUAGACUCUCAAGCAACGAUCGUCGAUUUGAAACAGAAACAAAGGGAUGGGCACGACCUGAAAAAAUGUUUCGGCAGUAUCGAUACAUGUCGCAAAAUGAUCUACAAACUAUCUUUGACUACGAAUCGAGUAUGCCACGAUAUUCGGGAUUAUAGCCGGACUAGAAGAGGCCACCUUUCUUGUAGUAAAACGCUUCAGUUAUCUUCGUUUCCCACCGCUGAUAUAGAUUCUUUGAACACGUUGUACUCCAGCGUCAAUAUACGUACUUUGGACGGUUUUUCCUUGAGAAUCAGGGAUAAUACCGUUGAGAAAAAGCAAUUUUCUAAGGUUUUGACGGAGUGGCACUUUCAAACUGGUCAAUCUCUGGUGGAACGUACCGAUGGUAUGAGAGUUUGGAACAGGGACAACGGAGAUCAGGCUGUCAUCUUUCCGGAUGGUACAAAGAUCACCAAAACAGUACAAGUGGAGGAAACGCUAGAAUUCUUCGUUAAGAGGGAUAAACAGGGAUGGGUAAUCGUAAACCACAAUUAUCUAUAUGAGCAUCCUCUAUACUGUCCUGUUAAAUUGGACCAAAGAAAUCUCCAAACUUCCAUUAUAUUGAAGAAAAAUGUUGAGCUGAAAAUGUCCAAGUUAAACACUCUAAUUUCAGUCGAUGGAAAAAGUGAAAUCUUGAUCACAACAGAAAAUUUGCGUUUUACCAAGAUGUGUCCCAAAUGUAAAUCUAAAUGUACUUGUGACAUAGCUGUUAACUUAAAGGUUGGGGAUGCGGAAUCUAGCCAACUUUUAAUAUGUAAAGACAGCUAUGGAAAAGUGUUCACAUCGGAUUUUCUAGGCCGUUGCCAGAUCAACAAGAACUUCAUAGAAGGCGAGCUCAACGAUCAGAACUGCAACCACGUGCUCCAAAACGAUUACCAUAAAGCAUUCCUGAUAAACCCUGAUCUUACCGGGUAUCUUCUGUGGAAUGAGAAUAUGAUAGUGAGGGAAUUGAAGAAGAUGGAGGAACAUGUACCCAAAAGUGCAAAUAAGGUUAUAGUUGAAGAAUUCAAAGACGUCAGAAGCCAGUCAGUUGGCGUCGUUUUCAAGAAAAAUCAUUACGAACAUAUCAGCGAAAGGUUCAUAUGGCCCAAAUAUUUGCAACCGAUUUUAUUUGCCAACCUGGAGCCAAGUUUGGAUGAUGCUGUAACUCAUCAAGUUUGCAGAAGAAUUUUCAGUGUCUUGGGUGAAAAAGAUACUAACAUUUUGUAUCGCGUUGUCAGGAACGUCCUGCAUGACAAUAAGGACCAAAAUGGUCGUCAUAAUAUUAGAAAUUCUGAAUGA